UCAACAUCCAGCAUCUCAUUUCCAGGUAGCAGGUCUUGUCAGCGACUGCUUGGUUCAGCUGAUCCACCAGCUCAGGGUAGACUCAAGCGUAGACGAGAGAGAAUAUAAUAUGUCAGGAUUUUGUUACCAGGAAGUGGGUCGAGUUAUUUAUAUUUCAACACUCGUCCUUGUGUACCCGAGGGAGAACCAGUGGUAGUAACCUGAAACUAUAUUCAAACAUUGUCUGGUUCUGGAUGCAUCGAACUGAUAGAGAACAACUGGCUCCAUGUUUAGGAACUCCGAGGACCCAGAGAAGGAGAGAUCUGUAAAUGUGAAUAAUGUAAAAACUGUGUGGGAAGGUAAAGUGACCCUGUGAGGGAUUCAACAUUGGCAGAGGUGUUGGAAUGAAGCUCCAUGAGAAGAUUUUGAGCCACUACCUAUCGUGCACCUCUCCAGUAGAUAAAGAGGGAUAUCUUUACAAAAAGAAAGAGAGAAAUGCCACCUACCAGCGGCGGUGGUUUGUCCUGAAGGCAAACCUGCUCUUCUACCAGGAGCGCCCAGCUGACCGACACCUGCUGGGUGUCAUCGUGCUGGAGGGGUGUGCAGUCAGGCGGUCAGAGUCUGAUGGACAAUUUAUCUUUUCUCUGGUGUUUGAAGGGCCUGGACUAAAAACUUACAGAUUUGCAGCAGUGGAUGGUCAGACUCAGGAGAGCUGGGUGAAAGCUUUGCUCUCAGCCAGCCACUGUUACCUCUCCCUGCUGGUGAGAGACUUGGGGAGGCAGUAUGAAGAAGCGAAACAGCAACAAGGCUCUGGCGAAUCCAGUCACAGCUCCUCUGUCAGUGCUCUCAAACAGUCCACCGCCACCUUCUUCUCUCCUGUGCAGGGGCCAACAGCAGUGGUUAGAGAGGGGAGAAGCUUCAGUGCCGGCACUGUUUUACAAGCACCUUCAAUACCUACUAAAGUGGUGGCUAAAAAGUCCCCUAAACUGUGGCACAGGAGGAAUGCUUACGUCACACCACUUAAUGGACCGGCACCUUUGUACGGCGAGUGGCCUCUGUUGGGUUUUGAUCCGCUCGAGGAGUUCAGCAAACUUCAUGAUUAUUAUGGGCAGGAAGUGAAGAAAGCGAGAGAGGAGUGGCUGAGGAGUCGUCGAGCAGAAGAGGAACAUGGUGAUCAAGAUCUCAUUGACUUGGGGUGAAAGAAAUCUGACAGUUAGAGACCAUAUAAGGGGAAGUGAGAUGGAGUGGUUCAUGUGUGUUGAAAAGGAAGUGAACCUGAGGUGCUGUGAGUCUAACUGUAUUUAAGAACAUAGUGUUUGAGGCCCAGACUCCUGUAAAUGUGCUAAAUGUUCCUCUAUUUCAUAUAAUGGGUUUAGAUCAUUUCUAUAUUGGAUUUGUUUCACAGAAAGUUGUUAUUUUCUUGAGCCAAGACGGCCUUAAAGUGUUCAUGGGAUGCAAAAAAGACAAAGCAAGGGAUCUGCACACAGAGCAUCGAAAGUGCAGCUGGUGUCUGCACAUCUGCGCCUGUUGUGCAGAUUGGUGUGUUUCACAGGCAUGUUCUGUUUGAGCGUCUAAGUAUACUGUGACAGUGAGCCAGCAUGCACAAUAGCAGGACCCUGAAACUGAAGCAGCUUAAUGGAAUUUAGUUAUCAUUAACUGUAUUAUUCAUACUUGGUUUCCUACUGUGGAUGUCAAAAUGUCUUGCAUAGAAAGGCAUUUUCCUUAUUUGUUCUUAUGUCCUCUGCUAAUUGGAACCUGCACAACUCCUACUGACUACAUUAGUAUGCAUAACAGUUCCCUGAGCAGAUAUUCACACAUGGUGCAAUUAAUGAUUUCAUCCAUGGCAUAGAAAGGCUGUUUAUUGCAGUAUUAAGCAAAGAGUAUUAUAUAUUUUUCAUUGCAUGAAAAAUAAAAUCAGUCUGUUGACUUAAA